GUAUGGUCCAUUUCUACACCCCCUCAGCAUUCAAUUACUUUUCCAGACUAUGUAGCAAUGCUAUCUCACCCAACUACCUCUCCAUCUUCUCUGAUUCCUAGUUCAUCCGCGCUACUGAUCACUGAGACCACGUUCAUAUCCAACAAACGCCCAACGUCGGUAUGCCUUCAUAACUUGACUGCGUCAUCAAUAAGCGCCGUUCCAACCACGACAGAGCUUGCUUACCUUGACCCCGCCUGGCAACCUACCUGGAACGACUCUACUACUCGUAUACAUGUUGCUGUAGCGUGAUGGCUACCCUGAUUGAUGAAGCUCUUCCCACCAAUAAUGAUCUACCUAACCUCGAUCUGCAGCAGCAUUUCCACACAUCCACCACAGAUGACAAGUGUCCUAUCUCAGAAACAUCACGACCGUCGAGCUCAUCCGGCCUCAAGGAGCAGAAAUAUAAGCACGUCUUUGCCGUGCAUUCUAAAUCAAGGCCAUCAUGUUUGAGCCACGACGCAGAACGAACACCUAGCUUCGUUGGCUUCAGGAACCUGAUGGUGCUCGUCUUGUUAAUAUCUAAUAUACGUUUAAUGAUUGAAAACUUCAAAAAGUACGGCGUCCUGAUUUGUAUUCAUUGCCACGACUACCGACGCCAGGACGUCAUCUAUGGUUCUAUUCUCUACCUUCUUGUCCCUUUCCACCUCUUCAUUGCAUAUAUCAUCGAGUUGGCUGCCGCUCAACAAGCCAAAGGUGCCAUAGCGAAAGUGAAACGCGCGGAAAAGACCCCUGAGCAACAAGAGCGCGUACAGCGCAGUUUUCACACAUACUGGAACAUAAUAGCAUUUGCGCAUAGCACAAAUGCGACCCUCAAUCUCAUAAUCGCCACAACUGUCGUAUACUUCUACAUCCAUCACCCAGGCAUCGGCACCCUGUGCGAGCUCCAUGCCGUCAUCGUAUGGCUCAAGACGUGCUCGUACGCCUUCACAAAUCGUGACCUACGAGAUGCGAUGCUGCACCCGAGUCAGGAAGCCCCUCUUCCGGAUAUGUACAGGUCAUGCCCUUAUCCAAGAAAUAUAUCUAUGAGUAACCUCUGCUACUUCUGGUGGGCGCCCACACUCGUUUACCAGCCGGUCUACCCACGCACGAAGCACACUCGUUGGGGCUACGUUUUCCGUCACUGCGUAGAAGCCACAGUGCUCUCCAUUGCAAUUUGGAUCGCCAGUGCCCAAUACGCUGUCCCUCUCCUACAAAACUCUCUUGGUGGCAUUUCUGGUCUCGAUCUAACAUCCAUUAUCGAGCGCACAAUGAAGCUUUCUACAAUUUCCUUAUUCUGCUGGCUCGCUGGCUUUUUCGCGCUCUUCCAAUCGUUCCUGAAUGGGCUGGCGGAAGUCAUGCGAUUUGGUGAUCGCGAAUUUUACGGCGAUUGGUGGAAUGUCACGAGUAUUCGCACGUAUUGGACGACUUGGAAUAAGCCUGUCACACAUUUCAUGAAGCGACACAUUUACGCACCGCUUGUAGGUCGCGGUGUACCGCCUACCGUCGCUCAACUUCUCGUCUUCCUUUUCUCUGGAGCGUUACACGAGCUUCUCGUUGGCGUACCAACUCAUAAUAUUAUCGGCGUUGCGUUCGCGGGCAUGCUAUUCCAGGUUCCACUGAUCAUCCUGACAGAUCCACUGAAUAGAUUGAAAGGCAGCGUAUGGAAGGUGUUAGGCAACGCGAUCUUCUGGAUUAGUUUCUGCUUAGUUGGACAGCCUUUGGCAGCGCUUCUGUACUUCUUUGCGUGGCAAGCGAAGUAUGGAAGUGUGAGUAAACCGCAAUUCGGGAUGGUAUCAGAAAACGUGAGAGACUAAUGGGCUGCCUUCUGUGGAGCGAUACAGGCUGCUUCUAAUAUCGAUAAUACAUUCCGUUCCACGCUUAGUCUGUUUUUUCUCUCCCAUUGAUCGUAGUAUUGUAACGUAUCGAAUCGCUGCGUGGACGAACGAAAAUAAUAAGACUUCGUUGCUAGGGUGGAAAGUGGUGAUUUACGAAAAUCUCAUGACGUGAGCUGUCUCGCCAGCUAUCUCGGUCACAUAAUCAUGUUCUUUCAACCGUGUGAUGAAUACGUGGAAGAAGCGACCAUUCGUA